AUGCAGUUCAUCCAGACCUUGUCGGUCCUCGCGGCGCUCGUCGUCGGCUCGCAAGGCGAACAGGUCACAGACGGGUCCCAGACCGAUGCCUUUUGGCCCAAAUGCAAAAGCGUGCCCGGCGACAGCGGAUGGCCGUCCGAGUCCUCGUGGAAGGCCCUCUACCUGGCGACCGGCGGCAAGCUGAUCAAGACGGCGCCCGUCGCGCAGUCGUGCUACGACGGCCCUUCCAAGGACCUCCAAGAGUGCGCCCACGUCGCCAAGAUGUGGUCGGACCAGGACUUCCAGACCUCGAACCCCGUCGGCCGGCCGUACCCGUACAACAUCACCUGCGCGCCGGUCGACUACGCCGCCGGCCAGGCCCCGGCCAGCUGCUCCCUCGGGUCUCUCCCGAUGUACGCCAUCAACGCGACCGACCGCGCCCACAUCCUCUCGGCCCUCCUCUUCGCGCGCCUGCAAAACGUCCGUCUCGUCAUCGCCAGCACGGGGCACGAUCUCCUCGGACGCUCCGACGGCUACGGCUCGCUGGAGAUCUGGCUGCGGCACUACCGCAACAGCAUCGACUUCCAGGAGACGUACGCGUCGGCCAACGGGUGUCGCGCCUCGGGCUGGGAAGGCGGCGCCAUCCGCAUCGACGGCGCGUGGCAGUGGAGGGACGUCUACAAGGUCGCCAAGGCCAACAACGUCAUCGCCGUCGGCGGCGGCUCCGCGUCCCCGGGGGCCACCGGCGGUUGGCCUUCCGGCGGCGGGCACGGGCCGGCGACCCGCAACUACGGCCUCGGGGCCGACCAGAUCCUCGAGGCCGAGGUGAUGCUCGCCGACGGCCGCGUCGUGACGGCCAACCACUGCCAGAACGCCGACCUGUUUCGCGCCCUCCGCGGCGGCGGGCCGGGCUACGGUAUCGUCCUCGGCACCACCAUCAAGGCGCACCCCAACGUCGACGUCGUGACGGCGCACAAGCUCGCCGUCGCGCCCCUCCGGCCGUCGGCCAGCAACUCGGACCUCCUGGACGCCGUGUCGGUCCUGCUGCGGUCGUACCCGGACCUCAGCGACGCCGGGUACGCCGGGUACGCCUACUGGUUCCGCAACUACCCCGGCGUCUUCGUCGCGAACGCCACCUCGGGCUACAGCCACGGCUUCUGGACCAUCGGCAAGACGCGGGCCGAGGCCGAGGCCGCGUUCGCCCCCGUCCGCGAGGCGCUCGCCGGGUUCAAGGACCGCCUCUUCGUCCACGAGAGCUUCGCCACGUACACCGACUACUGGUCCUUCUACGAGGCCGAGUCGGGGCUGUACGACCCAGCGGGAGACACGGCGAUACUGACGUCCCGCAUGGUCGACCGGGCCGCCGUCGCCGACCGCAUCCGCGUGCGCGAGGCGGUCGAGGUGCUCAGCGGCAAGCCCGAAGAGUACGCGUCCAACGUCGUGCUCCUCGUGUCGGGCGGGCAGGUCUUCGAGGACGCCAAAGACGAGACGUCGGGCCUGCACCCGGCCUGGCGCCGCUCGCCGUACGUGCUCAUCACGGGCCGCGGCAUCCCCAAGACGGCGAGCGACGAGGUCCGCAAGGCGGUGCAGGACGACGUCACGUUCGUCAAGGGCGCCGCCGGCAAGAAGCUCGCGCCCGACACGGGCGGCUACAUGAACGAGGGCGACCGCCACGACCCGGACUACAUCGGGACGUUUUACGGCGCCAACUACGCGAGCCACCUGGCGGCCAAGAACAAGUACGACCCGUCCGGCGUGUUUUACUGCCCGUCGUGCGUCGGCGCCGAGGCCUUUGUCGAACGGCCGGACGGAUCGUUGUGUAGGGUGUGA